UGUGUGCAGCUGCUGCCGUUGGGGAGAGGGCGGAGUCGGCUGCUGCGUACGCUCCUACGGCUGGGACUGCUCGCCCUGCAGCGCUCCCGUGACGUCACGCCCGGGGUUUCCAACCAUCGUGAGUUUCGGAGGAGCUCGGCGGCGGCGUCACGGUCAUGGCGGCUGCCAGGAGAUAGGGGGGGAAGGGAUACACCCGCCGGGUCACAGCAGCGUCACCCUCAUCUGGGGUGUUUUAUCCAGUCAAAGAGGAAAGUGUGUAGCGGCGGCGAGAGGCUGCCUGUCCCUGUCCGGGUGUACACAAAGACGCGGCGCUGACUCCCUGCGCUGGGACUGGAGGAGUGAGAGCCGGAAGGAGGCCCCGGCCCGGCCGCACAGCACGUAGCGGCCUGUGUCCAGCCGCGGUCGGUGACGGGAGGCGCCUGAGGCCAGCACACAGGACAGGUUCAUUUAGAAGCAAGUCACUUUUCCUACAGUGUUCAGUGUUUUGUAUUAUUAACAACCUGCUCAUAUUUUGGAAAUUGUACAUAUUUGUUUUAAAUCUGUGAAUAUUUGACAAUGAAUGGGCACAGUGAUGAGGAAAGCAAUAGUAGCGGAAAUUCAAGCCGAUCGGAUGAUGAAUCUGGUUCAGGGUCAGGGUCUAGCUCUGGGAGCAGUAGUGAUGGAAGCAGUAGUCGGUCUGGUAGCAGUGACUCUGAUAGUGGCUCAGAAUCUGGGAGCCAAUCUGAUUCUGAGUCGGACACCUCAAAAGAGAAGAAAACUGUCCAGUCAAAGUCACCCAGGCUGGAUGGAGCUGAGUUCUGGAAAUCCAAUCCCAGCAUUCUCGCUGUACAGAGAUCUGCUAUGUUGAGAAAGCAACAACAGCUACAGCAGCAGCUACAGCAAAAACUACCAGCGUCUUCAAACAGCAACUCCACAGAGGCACGUCAAGACUCCUCCAGCAGUAAUGACUCUGAUGAGGAUUCUUCAAGUGCGAAUAAAAAGAAAAAACACAAAGAUGAAGAUUGGCAGAUGACCGGCUCAGGUUCUGGUGGUAACUCUACAUCGACCAGUUCCAGUUCAGAUUCCGACACAGGGGGGGAUAGACAGAAAAGCAGCAGUAGGGACAGCGAAUCUGAUUAUGAACCGAGCCAUAAAGUAAAAAACAAGAAAUCUCAAAACAGGUCCAAAGUAAAAAAUGGGAAAAAAAUUGGUAGUCAGCAGAAAAGAGGCACGGAUUCCUCGGAUGAUGAUGAUGAUGAUGAUUUUGAUAAGCGAGCGUCUCGGCGGCAAGCUACUGUAAAUGUCAGCUAUAAGGAAGAUGAGGAAAUGAAAACUGACUCUGAUGACUUAUUGGAAGUUUGCGGGGAAGAUGUCCCGCAGCCAGAUGAAGAUGAGUUUGAAACAAUUGAAAGAGUGAUGGAUUCCAGAUUUGGGCGCAAAGGAGUCACUGGUGGCACCACCACAAUUUAUGCAGUGGAGGCUGAUGGGGAUCCCAAUGCCGGAUUCGACAAGACAAAGGAGGCUGGUGAGAUCCAGUAUUUAAUUAAAUGGAAAGGUUGGUCCAGUAUUCACAAUACAUGGGAAACAGAAGAAACGCUAAAGCAGCAAAAUGUGAAAGGAAUGAAAAAAAUGGACAACUACAAGAAAAAAGAGCAAGACAAGAAAAGAUGGUUGAAAGCAGCAUCUCCCGAAGAUAUAGAUUAUUACAAUUGCCAGCAAGAACUCACUGAUGACCUCCAUAAACAGUAUCAAAUCGUAGAGAGAAUCAUAGCUCAUUCAAAUCAAAAAUCUGCAGCAGGAUACCCAGAUUACUUCUGCAAGUGGCAGGGUCUUCCGUACUCGGAGUGCAGUUGGGAGGAUGGCGCACUUAUUGCUAGAAAGUUUCAGGCACGCAUUGAUGAAUAUUUUAGCAGGAAUCAGUCCAAAACUAUUCCUUUUAAGGAGUGCAAGGUUUUAAAACUGAGGCCGCGGUUUGUAGCUCUUAAGAAGCAGCCUUCUUACAUUGGAGGGAAUGACACACUGGAGCUAAGGGACUAUCAGCUAAAUGGCUUAAACUGGCUAGCGCACUCCUGGUGCAAAGGAAACAGUUGCAUUCUUGCGGAUGAAAUGGGAUUGGGAAAAACUAUUCAGACCAUUUCUUUCCUAAAUUAUUUGUUCCAUGAACAUCAGCUGUAUGGACCGUUUCUGAUUGUCGUUCCUCUUUCUACUUUAACAUCCUGGCAAAGAGAGAUUCAGAUUUGGGCUCCUUUAAUGAAUGCUGCUGUUUACUUGGGUGAUAUUAACAGCAGAAAUGUGAUCAGAACUCAUGAGUGGAUGCACCCACAGACAAAGAGAUUAAAAUUCAAUGUUAUUUUAACAACAUAUGAGAUCCUACUUAAGGAUAAAUCUUUUUUAGGAGGUGUUAACUGGGCAUUCAUAGGAGUUGAUGAAGCUCAUCGGUUGAAAAAUGACGAUUCCCUUCUGUACAAGACCCUGAUUGACUUCAAGUCUAAUCAUCGUCUUCUUAUCACGGGAACUCCUUUGCAGAAUUCUCUUAAAGAGCUAUGGUCUUUGCUUCAUUUCAUUAUGCCAGAAAAAUUUUCCUCCUGGGAAGUUUUUGAAGAGGAGCAUGGUAAAGGCAGAGAGUAUGGAUAUGCCAGUCUUCACAAAGAACUUGAACCCUUCCUCCUAAGGAGAGUGAAAAAAGACGUAGAAAAGUCCUUACCAGCAAAAGUAGAACAGAUUUUGAGGAUUGAAAUGAGUGCUUCACAGAAACAGUACUACAAGUGGAUUUUAACAAGGAAUUACAAGGCUCUAAGCAAAGGUCAUAAAGGCAGUACCUCAGGAUUUUUGAACAUCAUGAUGGAACUUAAGAAGUGUUGUAACCAUUGCUACCUCAUUAAGCCACCAGAAGAUAAUGAAUUCUACAACAGACAAGAGGCUUUACAGCACUUAAUCCGAAGUAGUGGGAAGCUAAUUCUUUUAGACAAGUUGUUACUACGUUUGCGUGAGCGAGGCAACAGAGUCUUGAUAUUUUCUCAAAUGGUGCGGAUGCUGGACAUCCUCGCAGAAUAUUUAAAGUCCCGGCAGUUUAUGUUUCAGAGGCUAGAUGGGUCCAUCAAGGGAGAAAUAAGAAAGCAGGCACUGGAUCAUUUUAAUGCUGAAGGUUCAGAGGACUUCUGUUUUCUACUUUCUACCAGAGCUGGUGGUCUUGGAAUAAACCUUGCUUCAGCUGAUACAGUUGUCAUCUUCGACUCAGACUGGAAUCCACAGAAUGACCUCCAGGCGCAAGCCAGAGCUCAUCGAAUUGGGCAAAAGAAACAAGUGAACAUUUAUCGUUUGGUCACCAAAGGGUCUGUAGAGGAAGACAUUAUUGAAAGAGCAAAGAAGAAAAUGGUGCUAGAUCAUCUUGUAAUUCAAAGAAUGGACACUACGGGCAAGACUGUUUUACACACUGGAUCAACACCAUCUAGCUCGACACCAUUUAACAAAGAAGAACUGGCUGCUAUUUUGAAGUUUGGCGCAGAAGAGCUAUUUAAGGAACCAGAAGGAGAGGAAGAAGAACCUCAGGAGAUGGAUAUUGACGAAAUCUUGAAAAGAGCAGAAACUCGUGAAAAUGAAGGAGGGCCACUGACUGUGGGGGAUGAGUUACUUUCACAGUUUAAGGUUGCUAACUUUUCAACAAUGGAGGAAGAUGAUAUCGUGGAACCUGAUCGGAAUUCAAAAUCCUGGGAACAAAUUAUUCCCACAGACCAGAGAAGAAGAAUGGAGGAAGAGGAAAGGCAGAAAGAGCUUCAAGAAAUCUACUUGCUUCCCAGGAUGCGGAACUGUGCGAAACAGGCUAGCUUUAAUGGAAGUGAAGGUAGACGGAGUCGAAACAGAAGAUAUUCUGGUUCUGAUGACAGUGAUUCAGGUUCUGAUAGAAAGCCCAAGAAACGAGGUCGACCGAGGACAAUUCCAAGAGAAAAUAUUAAAGGCUUCAGCGAUGCGGAGAUCCGGAGGUUUAUUAAAAGUUACAAAAAAUUUGGCGGACCUCUGGAAAGGUUAGAGGCAAUAGCUCGUGAUGCAGAGCUAGUAGAUAAAUCUGAAACUGAUCUCCGUAGGCUUGGAGAAUUAAUACACAAUGGCUGUAUUAAAGCAUUAAAAGAUUGUUCUGGACCUGAAAGGACAGGUGGGAGGCGAGGAAAAAUGAAAGGGCCAACCUUUCGAAUCUCAGGAGUGCAGGUUAAUGCAAAGCUGGUCAGCUCUCAUGAAGAGGAGCUGCUACCACUGCAUAGAUCUAUUCCUUCAGAUCCAGAGGAAAGGAAAAGAUAUGUUGUUCCAUGCCAUACAAAAGCGGCACAUUUUGAUAUCGACUGGAUCAAGGAAGAUGAUUCAAACCUUUUGAUUGGAAUAUAUGAAUAUGGAUAUGGCAGCUGGGAGAUGAUUAAAAUGGAUCCUGACCUCAACUUAACACAAAAGAUAUUGCCUGAUGAUCCGGACAAGAAGCCCCAAGCUAAGCAGUUACAGACCAGAGCUGACUACCUCAUUAAAUUGCUUAACAAGGACCUUGCAAGAAAAGAAGCACAACGACUUUCUGGGGGAGGUAAUUCAAAAAGGAGAAAAGCCAGAGCAAAGAAAAGUAAAAUUGUGAAGCCUGUGAAAAUUGAAGAGGAAAUAAAAAGUGAAUCUUCUCCCCCUUCUUCAGAAAAGUCAGAGGAAGAUGAAGAGGAGGAGGAUGAAAAAGUGAGUGAAGACGAUGCUUCUGUGAAAACAAACAGUAAAAAACCUAAAGCCGAGAAAGAGAAUGAGGAACGAACAGAUUCUGAAGUAACUAUAAAAAAGGAGCCUGAAGACAAGAAGGAAAUUAAAGAGAUCAAGAAGGAGGUAAAGAAGGAAAAGAAAGAUCGGGAAGAAAAGAAAGAUGACAAAGAUUCAAAAGAGAAAAAGGAACCAAAAGUAAAAGAGCCAGUUAAAGAAAAAGAAGUCCGAGAGGAAAAGGUAAAUGAUAUAAAAUUGGAGGAGAAAAAGGAGAAACCGAAGAAAAACAUUGCUGCCGAAACCCCAGUGCACAUAACUGCCAGCAGCGACCCAGUUCCGAUAUCUGAAGAGGCAGAAGAACUUGAUCAGAAGACUUUCAGUGUUUGUAAAGAAAGAAUGAGACCAGUGAAGGCUGCAUUAAAGCAGCUGGACCGACCAGAAAAAGGACUGUCUGAGAGGGAGCAGCUUGAACACACCAGGCAGUGUCUGAUUAAAAUUGGGGAUCACAUUACAGAGUGCUUAAAAGAGUAUGCAAACCCAGAACAAAUAAAACAAUGGAGGAAGAACCUAUGGAUUUUUGUAUCCAAAUUUACUGAAUUUGAUGCACGGAAACUGCACAAACUGUACAAACAUGCCAUCAAAAAACGCCAGGAAGCUCAGCACAAUGACCAGAACAUUAGCAGUAGUAUGAACACAAUCAUUCGACAUCCUGAUGUAGAAAGAUUAAAAGAAAACACAAACCAUGAUGAUAGCAGCAGAGACAGUUAUUCCUCUGACAGGCAUUUAUCACAGUAUCAUGAUCACCCCAAGGACAGACACCAUAGUGAUACUUAUAAGAAAGGUGAUCCCAGGAAAAGGCCGUAUUCUAGCUUCAGCAAUGGUAAAGACCAUAGAGACUGGGAUCAUCACUACAAACAGGACAGGUACCACAGUGAAAGCAAACACAGAAAAUUAGACGACCACAGAAGUAGAGACCAUAGAUCAAACAUGGAAGGAAAUACAAAAGACAGAUCCCUCCCUGAUCAUCGCUCUCAUUCUGACCACCGUUUGCAUUCGGAUCAUAGAUCUAGCUCAGACUACAGUCAUCAUAAAUCCAGGGAUUACAGGUACCAUUCAGACUGGCAGAUGGACCAUAGAGCCUCUAGUAGUGGGCCAAGAUCACCAUUAGACCAGAGGUCUCCGUACGACUCCAGAUCUCCUUUGGGUCGUAGAUCACCCUUUGAGUGUUCGUCAGAUCACAAAAGUACUCCGGAACAUAUAUGGAGUGGACGCAAAACAUAACACAAGGAUUGCAGUCCGGGACAUUAGCCAUAUACAGUAAAAUUAUCACAGUGAUUGCCUUACAUGACUUGAAAGAAAAUGGACUGUAUCUGCCAAGUGUGGACAUCACUACGUUCCUGAAUGCAAGGUCUAUUAUCACAACAGAUCAGAGAAUAUUUUUGUAUUUAAGGUAUAUGCUGCACUUUGCUGCAAACGUGGCAUUUUAAAAAAAGAAAUAGAAGAUGUUUACUAUUUCGGAGACCUCAGCACUGCCCAUUUUGACUGCGUUUUAACAAAAAAGAAAAAUAACAACAAAAAAAACAAAACCGAUUUCUUUGAACUAUGUAUUAUCUUUGUGUUGACCGAUGAUCUUGUUGACAAGUAAUUGAAGAGGUUUUUUUAUUGUCUGGGAAAUGCUGUCAAGAACUUUGUUCACUUUCCAAAGCUAUUUGUUUACAUUGUACACUGCAACCACCUUGCCGCUUCUCAUCAUAUGCUUGAAUAUUUAAAUCCUGUACCUAAACCUGUAAAAUAGCCAGUUUUUUUCUUUUUCGUGAUCAACUGUAAUAUUUUUUUUCUUUUUUUUAUACAAAGCAAAACUGCUGUAAAUUGUUGUAAAUUAAUUAAAUGGACAUUUAUUCCUUU